CUCCUCAAUACAAACUCGCCAUCUCCCCGUCGACCCAAACCCUAACACCAAUACUCUUCCCCUGCCGGCCGCCGCACAAACGCGCAGCCAUGGGGGCGUACAAGUUCGUCUCGGAGCUAUGGAGGAGGAAGCAGUCGGACGUGAUGAGGUUCGUGCAGCGCGUGCGGUGCUGGGAGUACAGGCAGCAGCCGGCGAUCGUGCGCAUCACCAGGCCCACCCGUCCCGACAGGGCGCGACGCCUCGGCUUCAAGGCCAAGCAGGGGUAUGUAGUUUACCGGAUCCGUGUCAGGCGUGGUGGCAGGAAGAGACCUGUGCCCAAGGGUAUUGUUUAUGGCAAGCCCAAGCACCAGGGUAUUACCCAGCUCAAGUUCCAGAGAAACAAGAGGUCUGUUGCUGAGGAGAGAGCUGGACGCAGGUUGGGUGGUCUGAGGGUGCUCAACUCGUACUGGGUGAAUGAGGACUCGACCUACAAGUACUUUGAGGUGAUACUCGUGGAUGUUGCUCACAAUGCUGUCCGCAACGACCCAAGGAUCAACUGGCUCUGCAACCCUGUGCACAAGCACCGUGAGCUUCGUGGUCUCACAUCUGCUGGCAAGAAGUUCCGUGGCCUGCGUGGCAAGGGUACCCGGCACCACAAGAACAGGCCAUCAAGGAGAGCGACCUGGAAGCGCAACCAAACCGUUUCCCUUCGCCGCUACCGUUAAACUUAUGUUACUAUCGGAUUAUCUUUGCCUCCUGCAGAGUUCUUAAAUAGUGUUUGCUUGUGCUGUGAAAUUAUGCCACAUUUUGUUUCCAGCAUCUUAAACAAUUGGCAGUGACUAUUUUCCCAUUUGGUGGGCAUAUCAGACAAUGUAUGUCUAGUAAUGAAAUGAUGUAUGGACUUCCUACUAUCAGUAAGGAUGUACUUGGUGUUUA